AUGUCAAUAACCUCCGCCGGAUUCUGGACCUCAACGCCUAUCUGGAAGCGGGCUGGUGUCAACACUCUCCGGUGUCUUGUUGGAUGCACCACCGGUGACUUUUCCGCAAUGUGGUAUCUCCAAGCUUUUCAACCGGACCUUGGGAUGCAGACCAUCAUGGCUAUUUCAAUGGCCUCCGGAAUCACGACAUCUAUCCUGCUUGAAACCGCCCUUCUCCGAUUCGGCCGCGAUCAGCUUUCUUGGUUAACUGCCGCAAGAACUGCCGUUGGUAUGAGUAUGAUCUCAAUGAUCACGAUGGAGGUCGCCGAAAAUGCUGUUGACUUUCAUCUUACUGGCGGCAUUGUGCAGUUUGAUUCUCCAGCAUUUUGGGCUGCUGCCUUGGUUUCAAUUGGUGCUGGUUUUCUUGCGCCUUUGCCAUACAACUACCUGCGGUUAAGGAAGUAUGGGAAAGCUUGUCAUUGA